GGCUGAAGUCAGUAAGCAGAGUCUCUGUAAGGGAUACCUCUGCUCCUCCACCAGCAGGCUGUUGUGCAGAGCGGCCGUGCGCGUCUCAUUAACAGGAUCACUUUACAACCAGUCAAACAAAUAGGUCAUUAUCCAUCACAGCCUGGCCGGCCUGCAUCGGCCAUCCACAAAAAAACACACAUUUUAUGUCUAAUCACAUUCAGGUUAAAAAGUUAACAGCCUGUUUGUGAAUCAUACGGUUUGAUGAGACUCCAAAAAGACUCAAUAUUUGAAUGAAAUGAUAGUUUAGAUCAGCAAUCUCAACAAAUGCAAUCUCGGGUUUAAUUUUAUUUAAUUUCUUGCAGUGUUCAAAAGUAUUUUCAGCUGUGGACGCCACUUGAAAUGGAUGUAUAAUAGGAAAAAAAACCUCAAAACAAAAACAAAUAGGAAUUUCAGGGUUAAUGUAAUCUUUUUUUGUUUAAAAACAGUCAAAUUAAUAUAGUUAAUUAAUAUCACUAACCUACUAUGAUAUUAAUUUAGAUCAUAAAUGUUUAGUCUAAGUCAACAGAAAACAUCCCUGUAUGAAAAUGUAAACUUUAUCUUCUUUGAUUCCGACACAUUUAAAGCUAUAAGUUCAGCACAUACAUAAUGUUCUCUCCAAUCCCAUAAACGCUAUCUACCGAGAGCCUUCGGGGGGGACGGUGGUCCUGCUUUUGGCCACCUGCCACGCGACACCUGGUAAACGAUACAAUCACUCUGCGCAUGCGUAAUAGCCUGCCAAAAAUCCAAACGCCGUCUCGCCUGUCAACCAAUAGUGUUCCAAUCUGUCCAGAGAUAAACUCAGAGCGGCGUGGAGCGGAGUGAAGUGGAGGAUUUCAGACCUGAGCAGCCCCGACUGUCUGAAGAAGAGUAAGGAAACAUGCCGAGGUCUUUCCUGGUGAAGAGUAAACGGGCCCACAGCUACCACCAGCCCCGGUACCCGGACGAUGACUACAGCAGACUGGACACUAUUCUGGCUCACGUGUGCGCAGAGAGCAAAUCUCAGGUGGAGUUUGAGACCAGCUCGGAGCCACAGGAGGAUGUGAGCGCUGGCGCUGACAGGCUGUCCCCCGGGUCCCGACUGCUGUCUCCGGGAUCGCUGUCCUCCAGCUCACCGCUGAGCUGCGGGGGCAGCGUGUGUGACCGAUCCUCCGACUGUGAUUUCUGGCGUCCCCCGUCCCCCUCCUCCUCACCAGAUUCAGAGAAAUGCUCCACUCCCGCAGCGGAGGACGGUCACCACUUCAACACCCCGCUCUUUCCUUAUUCCUGGACAUCAUACUCCGGCUCUGAGCUGAGGCACCUGGUUCAGGGGACAUACCACCAUCACCACCGCCACCACCAUCUGCAGGGCCACAGGGAAUCUCACUCCCCCGUCAGCCUCUACGAGGCACAGGACAGCGGCACAGAGCCUCUUUACGCGCAGCGCGGCCCCACGACAGGAUGCUACCAGGAUUAUUCUUCAACGGCUCACCAAAUCUGCAGGAUGCAGGACGCAGACAAGCUAUAUCUGGAUGUAAAGCAGAAGCCCCGCGGGUCGGAAAUCAAGACUGAGAGAGAUUUCGUCUGCUCUAGCCUCGAGGCAAAUGGUUCAUACAAGUGCAUUAAAUGUUGCAAGGUGUUCUCCACACCUCACGGUUUGGAGGUUCAUGUGCGGCGGUCGCACAGCGGGACGCGGCCUUUUGAGUGCGGGGUCUGCGGAAAAACUUUCGGACACGCAGUGAGCCUGGAUCAGCACAGGGCGGUCCAUUCACAGGAGAGAAGCUUCAGCUGUAAAAUCUGCGGGAAAAGCUUCAAGCGCUCCUCCACGUUGUCCACGCACCUGCUCAUCCACUCGGACACGCGACCUUAUCCGUGCCAGUACUGCGGCAAGAGGUUCCACCAAAAAUCAGACAUGAAAAAACACACUUUCAUCCACACAGGUGAGAAGCCGCACAAGUGCCAGGUGUGCGGGAAGGCCUUCAGUCAGAGCUCCAACCUCAUCACACACAGCAGAAAACACACAGGAUUCAAACCUUUCGGCUGCGACCUGUGCGGGAAAGGUUUUCAGAGGAAAGUGGACCUGAGGAGACACAAGGAGACGCAGCACGGACUGAAAUGAGCAGACAUCGAUGCUUUAACAUUAAAUCCUGCACUUUUAAUCUACUAUGAAUGAACUGUGGAUAUAGUCUUGUUUUAUUUUUAUUUUAUUUUAUUUUAUUGUUUGUUGAAUUGGCAUUUUCCUACUGUUGAAUUUUAAUAAUUAUCUAGCCUGAGAUUCUGGUUGACUUUGAAUAAAAGUUCAUGAAGUGUGUUUUUACAUAUUAUUGUUAUUAUUAUUAAAAAGCUUAAACAUUAACUUCCCAGGCUGAAUAUUUCCUAAUCAUGUCUGAAAUCCUGCUGCGUCCUUAGUAGAAAGACGCUUUUUUAAUUUUGUCAAUUUGUUAGAUUUAUAAUCCGGGAUUAAACAUUAACUUUUGGAGCUCAGUUGUCAGUUUUUCAGUUAGGUAUUAACUUCAAUCUUUAAACAUUUAUUUUCUUAUUAUAAUGAUAAGAAAAUCUUUCUCAUAAUUUAGUUUUUUUUUUUUUAGGGUUUUAAUCCACAAAAGCACAUUUAAACACUGAAUACAUUUUAAAAAUCUUUCUCUAUUAUAGCCCACUGAUUGACUGUACGUUGUUAAAAAGAGAAGCUGUGUUAAACCAUGAAGGCCAUCAAUCACGUCCCCAAUCUAUGACAGGCUAAAGUUAUAUCUCCAGUAUUAAACAGAAAACGUUUUGUUGCAUGCGCCACCUGGUCAAAACCAAAUGCUUACACACGCACUGUCAACAUACCCAUAUAGCAAAUUAUAUUAUGGUGCUAUAAACUUGCAUGUGAAGGAAGUCACUUUUAUGACUGCAAAAAGCUCCUCCAGCAGAGCAAUAAGCAGCGUGUCCACAUGGCGUUUUCACUGGGAAAACCUGGGUGUGAUUUAUUUGGCCCUGCAGAGGUUAAACAUCCAGAGCUCUAAAACAUCAAGGAUCUGAUUUGCACUUAUCUCUCUGCAGAUUGUGUACAUAGAGCUGCUGAACAAUAUACACAGGAAAAGAGACUCCAGUACUACAUCCUAGAUCAGGCUGUGCUGACCAGGUCACUGUCAUGUUUGGUUAAACUUUCAAGUGCCUUAUCUCAGAGGGAACUUUCAGUAUAGGUAAGGCACCUUGUGCAGAAAGAAAAUGACAAAUAUCACAUAUAUGUACAUGUGUUCAUAAAAAAGACCGUUUAAAAAAAAAAAAAAAAAAUCAAACAAAAAAUGUAUUCAUGGAAAAAUCUCUGAUACCCACAUAUUUAUUCUGUUCAGUCACAGAUCCUGAGUGUGUAUAUUUAUUAUUCAUAUGUCCAUGUCUGACUGUAGUGUGUGUGUUGGUGUGUGUGUUAGCAUGCUGGGCUUUUAAACAGCUGGACUAAGUUCAAAAGGUCCUGCUCCUGUAGACCGAGCUCCUCAAUCAGCGUGUUU